AUUUCACCAAUUGCAAAUUCCAAUUCAUCUGAAUUGCAGUUGGUUGCGUUUCCUUUGCAUGCUUGUGUAAGGGUGUGUUACUGUGCAUCUUUCUUACGCUCGAUAUCUGAGCUUGGAUUGCUUUGAUGCACUGUGUGUUGGACUGGAAGCUAUGGCAGAAAUCCUCACUUCAGCUACGCGCCUCACACACAUACCUCUUGCGAAUGGAGUUCUUAUUCCUCGUCUUGGGUUGGGGACAUUUAGGGCCAGAGACGACAAUGUAAGGAAGGCUGUGCUAUGUGCACUCCAAUGCGGCUACACUCAUAUUGAUACCGCGUCCAUCUACAAAAAUGAGGUUGAAAUAGGGGAAGCUGUUCGAAGCUCUGGAAUAGAACGGGCCAGUCUAUUUAUUACUAGUAAAGUUUCCCCUUUCGAGCAAGGGUUUGAGAAAGCCACCCAGGCUGUGAACAAUAUUCUCGACCGCCUUGGGUUGUCUUAUCUGGAUCUCUGCCUCAUUCAUUGGCCAGGUGCAGCCAAAUUGGACACGAAAUCAAUUCAAAACUCUAAGUUGCGAAGUGAAACAUGGAGAGCAUUAGAGCAAUUUUACAAGCAAGGGAAAUGUCGGGCAAUUGGAGUGAGCAACUACACUGAAAAGCAUUUAAACGAGCUUAUAUCAUCCAGUGAGAUUAAACCUAUGGUGAAUCAGGUGGAGGUUCACCCUUGGCUGACACAAACACAACUGCGCAAUUUCUGCAAUCUCCAUGGAAUCGUAGUUCAAGCGUACUCACCUUUGGGUGUUGGCUCUCUGCUAAAGGACUCCACAGUACAGGGAGUAGCAUCCAAAUGUAAGCGGUCUCCUGCACAGGUGCUUCUAAGGUGGGGGAUUCAGAACGAUAUGGUCGUGCUCCCCAAGUCUGUGCAUCAAGAGUACAUUGUUGAGAACGGGGACAUUUUCGGCUUUUCUUUGUCUGUUGAAGAUAUGGCUUCUCUUAAUAGCCUUGACCGUGGGCACCACUUCUGUUGGUCAGCUGAGGGCGUUUUAUGAAGAUUGUCCAAGUUCGCAGUUUCUUGAGAUUCAGCCAAGGCCAACAUUGAUAGAACUGGUAACUAUCACUACAACUUAAGUGUUUUGUUUGAAAAACGAGGUCAUUUGCAUAAGAAGCUUCAACCAGAAUGCUAGCAACAUUGCAUACAUGCUGGGUUUAUAAAAUGGACAAACUCAACAUGUGGGAUUCGGUGGAAAAGAUAUGGACAUCUCAAGAUUUGAGCACAAAAUGUUUUUCUGGUGGGAUAUUUGAACAUAUGCCCUGGCAGAGUGACAUUACAGUACUUCCAAAAUGUGUACUACACCCUCAAGGCUUUGUUAACAUUUUGCAAUCUCCAACUAUUCUAUCA